AUACUCGUCUGUGAGGCGGUAGUAAAAGGUAAGCGUGUUUACAGAAAUUAUACAGAAGUUAUUAAAGUUUUUGAAAAGCGAAAAUAUAUAAGAAAAUUUUACCUUUAAUUAUUAAAAUAUCGGAUUAUUCAAACAUUUGUUUUACACCUCAUUUAUUGUACGUAUCUAAGACGAGUGACGUAUUGAGUCUUGUUUGAAAUACGCGCUAAUCUACCGCCAUAUUGGUUCUUAGUAUCUCCGGCGUCCGUUAAACAGCGCUGAGGAGUAUGGGAGCAUAUCGGAGUAUUUAUUCAUAUUUAUUGGAGUUUGGAGUAAAUAUAUGCGAUUAAAAGAGAAAAAGUAGCUAAUUAAUUUCUUGGUAUCUCACGACUUUGCCAAAGAUAUGUGAUUUAAAUUUUAUCGCGAGCGCAAUGGCAUCCACGAAUGAGUUUGGUCCAGACUCUGGUGGUAGAGUAAAGGGAGUUACAAUAGUCAAGCCUAUAGUUUACGGAAAUGUAUCACGUUAUUUUGGUAAGAAGAGAGAGGAGGAUGGACACACUCAUCAAUGGACCGUCUAUGUGAAGCCAUACAACAACGAGGAUAUGUCCAGCUAUGUAAAGAAGGUGCACUUUAAGCUACAUGAAAGUUACAAUAAUCCUAAUCGAAUUGUGACGAAGCCGCCGUACGAAUUGACGGAAACUGGCUGGGGAGAAUUUGAGAUAGUCAUCAAGAUCUACUUUCACGAUCCAAAUGAACGUCCUGUAACAGUAUAUCACAUAUUGAAAUUGUUUCAAUCGACGCCUGAACUACAGUUAGGGAAGAAAAGUCUAGUGUCUGAAUUUUAUGAGGAGAUAGUCUUUCAAGAUCCAACGGCGCUGAUGCAACAUCUGCUGAGCUCCAGCAGACCUAUGACUCUUGGUGUUUGGCGGCACAAUACGGACUUUGAAGCAUUGAAGGAAUCUACGAUGAAGGACAUUUUGGAGGCACGCAAUAAGAUAAGACUCGAAGUGAUAGAUCUGAAAGAAAAAUUGACCCUGGCGAAAGAGACUAUUGCGAAAUUCAAGGAAGAGAUAGCAAAGAUUUCCAAAGCCGGCGGAAAUUUAUCCGUGGCGUAGUAAUUAAAUUUGUAUUUUAAGAAACACUGAUAUCAAAGUGAACUAUAUUUGUUGACUUAUUUCAACAGAUAUAGGAUUCUUUUCCAUGUAUAAAUUGUACAUAUUUUCCUAAUUGUAUCUUGAUAAAUUUUAUUCUAAUUAAUUUUAAUAAUAAUUAAUAUUAAUAAUUUUAA